AUCAUAUCAUUCGCUUUUCAGUGGAUUGGCACACUUACUAUUGUAGUUUCACUGGCUGGCUGACAAUAAUAAAUGGCCGUAUGGGUGUGUAUCAAACGAUGUCUUGCCAAAAACGACAGGAACUAGUUAACAUACAAGCAGAGAAAUGACGUCCUCAAAACGCACUAUGUUAACCAAAAAAUAAAUGGCAAUAGCACGAUAACAGACAAUUAAUUUAAAAAGACAACGCAUGCCUUUUGAGUGGCUAUAGCUUGUCAUUGUAGGAAAUGUAGUCUUUAUUGUAAAAAGGUGAACAUUGAACUUAUUCUUCUACGUGCUGAACGACUUAUCCCAAUGUGCCCUAACACGCCGUGAUCAAAGAAUAUGUGUUUUUAUUUAUUUAUGCUGAGCUAUAUUAUUUACGAGGAUCAACUCUGCGCCGGCUCACCUACGUGUUAUAGCUCGCGUGCUUCCACACCCUAUAAUAUAAUUUCUAUUUAUGAAUCGGAGUGGUUCUUCUCAGCUUUAAUCCUCGUGGUGCACACGGUAUAAAUUUGCUCCAAUGAGCGAAUGUCUUUUCAGAGGAAUGUCGAUUUUCCGGGCGAAUCUCUUCAUUUUCAGAGGGCGGGGGGAAAAUAAAGACGUUCAUUGGACCCGGAUUUGGGAAAGGUGGGCCCAAUUGUGCUUGGGGGCAUGGAUGGAUGCUAUUUCUUUAGAAGCCAGUGCACUCGUGCGCCGCCUGUCGCGAGGAUGUUGGCAUCUGCGGUGUGCUGAGCAGAAGCUCGCGCUGCAGUGCGGACAGUAGGAGGCGGGGGAAGCAGUUUGGAGGAGGGUUCUCGUCAUGCAAAAUAUGACCAAAUAUAUUGGGAACGCCAAACAUAUCUUGUAGACUGUAACGGUGUAAGCUAUUUAAAUUAAUUGUGGUUCAAUUACAGAAUUAAGCAAUUCAGUAGCUAUAGUCUAAGGAAACUUCAUGUCAGUCUUUUUAAAAUGUCAAAACAUGUAUGUACCAAGCUCGUGUGCUCGAAAAAACUCGAGUUUUUAUUUGUGACUGUUAUGUAGAAAGACAACGUGUUGUAACAAUAUAUUUUAUCUAAGCAGUAGGCUACUGUAACAAUGACGGAUGCAGCGACCUUAAAAUUAAGACAGAGAUGCGUUUUAAUGCCUCUGUGAUAAAAGCCUGCUGCUUGAUGUCUGUAAUGUGAAACAACCUGGAUUUAUGUUUAUGGUUUGUUUAGAUGACUAUAGGUAUGAACAAAUUAAUUUGCAAAUGUUUGCUUUUUUCGGGUAAAUUGACUGUCGAUGUAUUAAUAGAAUUUGCGCAGCAUCACGAGGAAUGUUUGCGUUAGGUGCCUUCACGAAGCGCAGUGAGAGCUACGGCACGCGGUGAUAAUGUAGCUUAGUUGAAGCAGCUCAACAGUAGGCUUGGUGUCUCGGCGACACUAAAGUUUAAAAAAUGUAUUCAAUUUUACGCGGAAAAUUGUGUAAACCAAAUGGCGGAAGGGGAUUCGUUUUCCUUUGAAUUCUUCUGGGAUCGAGACAUUCUUCGGCGCGAGUAAAGUGCCCCCUAAAAGUCCCAAAUGAAGGUUACGAAACGAAGACGGAAAGGAAUGCCGACUUCUCAUAGUCUCUGUGCCAGGUAAAUCACUAGCCUACAGCAUUCUGAACCGCUUAGAAAAUCCACGGUUUUGCAGUUGCCGUGUGGACCCAAUUGCGUAUGAAAUGCAUGUUUAUUAGAUUUUAUCAACAGACUUUUGAAUUGGAUAGCGGGGAAAUUUAUUGUGUGGACAUGGUGGUGUCAGUCAGCAUAUAAUAGCUCCACCUAGAAACUGGUUUUGACCAAGAUUUGUGCUAUGUUUUACAGGUGAUCUAGAUGGAUGUAUUACAUAUGCUAAAUGAGAUUUGAAUUGGUAUAAUAAUCAGAUGUUUUUAAGAACCACUGCAUAGAUAAUAUUUAGAUUGCAGUCUUUGUGGAAUUAUUUUCAAUGGAAAAAAAGGACUCAUGUCAAAUCACUGCUGUUAUCAGGAAUAGGCCUGCAUUGUGUGUAUUGUGACAACAGUAUAAGUAAACAACAACAUAUUUUUGGUGAGGUAAUCUCCCAUUUUCCCACCUCUACAGAUUAAACGUUUAAAUUGUUUUAAGGCUUAAGUUUACUUUCUAGGUAUGCAUAGCGGAGGGCACCGGUUUUAUAAUUAUUUUAUAAUAACCCUUUCUAUUUCAAAUUCUGUUAAUACAAAAUUUGAACACUGUGCUUUUAAUUAUUAUGAAAAAGCAAUGUUUCACAUUCAAGAUGAGAAUUUGCAUUACUUAAGCACAUAAUAUGAAAUCCAGUAGCUUUGGUGAGCCUUGAUUUAUAAGCAAAUUACAAGUUUAUACCUCAUUAUUCCACUGUGUGUAAUUUUAUUUAGUACUUGGAACAGAAAGCAGAACACAUUUUGCAUGUGUUUAGUUAUGUGGUACAGGAAACUGAAAUUAAGCUAUAUUGACUGGAUGUGAAGAUCUAGUUUAUCUUAAAGAUAAUACGUAUUGCAAUUUAACUCUUAUGUAAAAUUAAUAGCCAAAUUCUAAUUUCUAAAUUGCCAAAUUAUUCAAUAUAUUAACACAGUUCUCCCACUGUUAACCUAUUUUAUUCAAGCUGUAAUUAUGUGUUCUGCAUUUUUGCUUGAGGAAUUAUAUCCUUUAUGGGGAUAUGACAAGGUCACUGCCACCAGUGUUUGCCUUGAUGAUCAUAUUUGUGUUGUCUGUUUCUUCUGGACGAGCUGUCUAAAGGAAGAAGUCAUUAUCUCAGUUCUACUCCUUAUCUUUGUUUACUACUCACUGCUGUUUACUACUAACACCAGUGUGGAUUAUUUCCACAUGUUUAAAUCUAUUAAAUGGAAAUGGAAACCUUUAUUUCCUGUAUUUUCUGAAUUGAACACUUUCAUUUGUGUUCUGUCAAUGGAACACUUUAUUUCCUGUGUUCUGUGAAUGGAACACUUUCAUUUGUGUUCUGUGAACGGAACACUUUUUUCCUGUGUUUUGUGAAUGGAACACUUUUUUCCUGUGUUCUGUGAAUGGAAUACUUUAUUUCCUGGGUUCUGUGAAUGGAAUGCUUUAUUUCCUGUGUUCUGUGAACAGAACACUUUUUUCCUGUGUUCUGUGAUUGGAGCACUUUAUUUCCUGUGUUCUGUGAAUGGAACACUUUAUUUCCUGUGUUCUGUGAAUGGAACACUUUAUUUCCUGUGUUCUGUGAAUGGAACGCUUUAUUUGCUGUGUUCUGUGAAUGGAACACUAUUUCCUGUGUUCUGUGAAUGGAACGCUUUAUUUGCUGUGUUCUGUGAAUGGAACAUUUUAUUUCCUGUGUUCUAUGCAGAACUCCUGUGCACAUGUUUAGCCUCAUUCAGGUAAUAACAGUGCUUAAUUGCUAUGUAGCUAAGUAAGAGGGCAUGAUUGAAGUAGUUCUGCUGUGGGUUUAUUUCAGCAUGAUCUAUUAACAUCUUUUUGAAAGCUGUAGUCUGGAGUGCCAAAGUCAGCAGACCGCGGACAUCUACACCCACAAAUCAGCAGUGCGGUUCACACGUGAACGCGGCUGAGGUUGCAGAUAAUUGGACGUUCCAAAUUAGGGUGGUAGUUGGCCAUUUUUAGCUCCUCAUUGGGUCCCAAAUUCAUUUAAUAAGAAUAAAUAAAGGUGAGGUUGGACAGAGCAAUAAGGAAUUUAUUUUAUUUUAUUUAGCCUUUGUUUAACCAGGUAGUGUGCGUUGACUUCACUGAAGCAAAGAUCAGAACAAUCUUGUGUGAAACAGGAAUUAUAAGAGGUUAAAAGCAAGAGCAUACUUCCAAUACCGUGCCAUGAAUUACACAUUUAAAAUGAACUAUUGAAAUGAGGAAGUCCAGUGUCAGGUGUUUUUCUAGAGUGUUCCAGUUGUAUGGAGCUCAAUGGUUGAAAGCCAUCUUUCUAGAUUCACUAGAGGAUUGGGGACUUUAACUGUCACAGGAGUGCAGGUGAUUCUUAAUGAACUGCUUUAUGACAUCCUGUACUUACGCCUGUAGCUUUGGAAGCCUGUUUGUGCAGGCCGACAGGGUAGUGUCGGUUCUCACCAAAGAAGCAUUGCCUUGGAUGCACUGCCCCGCAUUACCUUCCUUAUGUGAUGUUUAUCUCUGAUCAAGCCCACCUCUACUCAGUGUGAUUCUGCCUGUCCUAUAGCUGGAGGUUUAUAACAUGAGCAACACUGCUGUGAUGUCACUGUCAACUGUGAUGUCACUGUCGACCGUGACUCUCUUUUAUGUCUUGACUUUGUAGGAUGACAGAGGAGGGUUUUGGUGUCGACUAAAUUGGGGGAACCCUAGGAUUUUAUCAAAGACGUAAGGUUUUUGAAGAGAUUUUUUAAUAUGGUGAGAGGUUUACGUGUUCUUCUGUCCCUGGGAAUGUGGCUGCACUUCACCUCAAAAUGGCUGCCGCAGCUUCCCGGCCCGGGUUCAGAUUCUCUUGUUGCUGUUUUACUGGUACAGGAAGCGGAAUGCUACACCCCUCGCUUCUGCAGAGCAGAUCCCCUCACUUGAGUAAAACGCGUGGGAGGAGGUGGGCAGGGAGGACAUUUCCAUACCUGUAAUUACCCAUGAGUCUGUGCUGCUGAAAUGACUAAAGCAUCUGGGAAGUGUCACUGAGCACAACGUUAAAGAGCUGCUGUGUUCUCACUUAAACACAGUUUCAUAUUUAUACAUUAGUGUUUGUUUUGUUAUAUAAGCUAUCCAUUUGAAAGCUGUAGCUGGUAAUGCAGAAAAGGGAUUAAAGUGGGUUCGUAACGCUGAAUGUGCAAUAAGCUCGGGGUGUUCGGGCUGAACGCUGAGGCUCCUGCUAUGUUUCCUGCUCAGUGUUCACACUGGCAUCUGAUUGGUGCUCAGAUGAUGCUCAUCUACAGAUGUUCUGAUGCUCUGGUGAAAGACUCAGAAACUCAUGGGAAUUACAGGACAAGGAAAUGAGCAGAUUUCUGCUGUGUUAAAGCACACUCUUGCAUUGUGGAUGGACAAUGUUUCUGCUUGGUCUUGCUUCUCUCUCCCCCUUAUCUAUCUGUCUGUCUCCUGUCUUUUUUUAUCUCUCUUUCUCUCUCUCUCUUCUUCAAUGGAUCAGUGCAUAUGUUGUUGCUACAGACACACAGACGCAGUGUGACACAGAGAGAUAAUUAAUGCACAGUGAGAUGCACAGGGCCACAGGCAUGGUUUGUAUUCAGGACUGUAGUUCCUGGUCUGUGCUGUGCAUGGAUUCUCCUGCUGGACCUGGCCACUGCAUGCAGAAUGCCAUCCGUAUUAACAUGUCCUCCAUCCCUCAAACAUUCAGCCUGAUAACCUGAGACUGCCCCGUGUAAUAACCUCUCUAUCUGAGACUGCCCCAUGUAAUCUUAACCUCUCUAUCUGAGACUGCCCCAUGUAAUCUUAACCUCUCUAUCUGAGACUGCCGGUGUAAUCCUAACCUCUCUGUUUAGCUCUAUUUCAGACAAAACAGUCACAAACAUGUACAUGGUAAACGGCUUUGAUUUGCAAACACGUUGGGAGUUUGUCUUUCAGUGAGACUUCUGUUGAAAAAGGCCUUCAGGGAAGUAUUUUAUUCAGCGCUACGGAGUGAAACUGUCAGUUUCUUCACUGUCUGGACUCACGGAUCUGCUGCAAAUGAGUGAUUUUGUUUUCAACAUGAGCACUUGUGGUUUGGGUGUGUUUACCAAAUAACCACUGAAAUAAGCAGGUGAAGAAAUGUGAAUGAUCAACAGAAAAUAUUUAUGAAACAAGAAGAAUCAUUUUCGUUUAUAGUUUUCCAAGUUUUGGCAUGACUGAACUUUGUGAAAAUAGUUUCAUCUGAAUACCUAGCUGGCGUUAUACCGACUGUUCACCACAAAGACAUUCCCUGGGAGGUGAAGUCCAGGCUCAAAUGAUCUAAGCUUAGCAUGAAUAGAAAAGGAUGUGAUAAGGCUUGUCUGCUGUUGGUGAAGUUUUAUUUUCAUUGUAGUUUAUAUUAGUAGAUUUAGUAGGUUGGAGUAUCAGUACAGUAUUUUGGUGACUGAAUCUGGAAUUGACCACCUUUCUGAACCUAUAGUCAGUGCUUACUGUCGCUCUGGAUAAGAGCGUCUGCCAAAUGCCUGUAAUGUAAUGUAAUGUAAUAUACUGUACUGCUGAAGUUUCAGAUAGUCUGAUUUUAUUAGCCUACGGUGUGUUUCUGAUGCCCUGCUGGUUUAUGGGGACUGAGGUGUGUUUCUGAUGCCCUGCUGGUUUAUGGGGACUGAGGUGUGUUUCUGAUGCCCUGCAGAUAAAUGGCAGCUUUAAGCUGGGAGCAGCACGAGUCCUGUCGGCCUGGCAGGUGCAGUGCCUAGCUCCAGUGCUGCAGGACCAAGCUAAUAUGAAUGGGACUGGAGAGCAGGUGGACAUUCUGCCGCCCAACUGCAUGGUCAAAGACCGAUGGAAAGUGCUGAAGAAAAUCGGAGGUGGCGGUUUUGGGGAGAUCUACGAGGCGCUGGACCUUCUGACGCGGGAGAACGUGGCGCUGAAGGUGGAGUCGGCCCAGCAGCCCAAACAGGUCCUCAAGAUGGAGGUGGCAGUGCUGAAAAAACUACAGGGUAAAAAUCAUGUUUGUAAGUUUAUUGGCUGUGGAAGGAAUGAGAAGUUUAACUAUGUGGUGAUGCAGCUUCAGGGCAGGAACCUUGCGGAUCUGAGGAGGAGUCAGCCGAGAGGAACCUUCUCCAUGAGCACCACCCUGCGCCUGGGGAAGCAGAUCCUGGAGUCCAUCGAGGCGAUUCACUCCGUGGGCUUCCUCCACCGAGACAUCAAACCGUCAAAUUUUGCUAUGGGGAGGCUCCCCUCCACGUACAGGAAAUGCUACAUGUUAGACUUUGGCCUCGCGCGGCAGUACACCAACACCAAUGGAGAAGUCAGAUUGCCUCGAUCUGUGGCAGGGUUUCGGGGAACCGUCCGCUACGCCUCAGUCAAUGCUCAUAAAAACAAAGAAAUGGGUCGGCAUGAUGACUUAUGGUCCUUAUUUUACAUGCUGGUAGAGUUUGCGGUUGGCCAGUUACCAUGGCGAAAAAUAAAGGACAAGGAGCAAGUGGGCCUGAUUAAAGAGAGAUAUGACCAUAAGAUGCUGCUCAAACACAUGCCCUCCGAGUUCCACGUCUUCCUGGACCAUGUCUUAUCCCUGGAUUACUACACCAAGCCUGACUACCAGCUCCUCAUGUCCGUGUUCGAGAACAGCAUGAAGGAGCGCAUCAUCGCAGAGAAUGAGCCCUUCGACUGGGAGAAGGCCGGGACCGACGUCCUGCUGUCCACCAGUGCGUCCACCCCACAGCAGCACACCAGACAGACGGCAGCCAUGGUGGGGGUGGUGAACGUGACUCCCAUGCCUGGGGAUCUCCAAAGGGAGAACACCGAUGACGUUCUCCAGGACGAACACCUGAGCGACCAGGAGAACGCCCCGCCACCUGUCCCCAGUCGCCAUGGAGAUGCCAGCCAGCCUCUGCCUGAGGGAGAGGCCUGGGAGGAAACUGACUUCAACCGCAACAAACUCAGAAUCAGCCUGAGCAAGAUGCAGUGUGGGAUGGAGGAGGACCCCAGCAGAGGGCUCUGUCCUGGGGCCCCAGACUCCCCAAACAUGCAGGUGCGCUCACUGCGGUACCGGCGGGUCAACAGCCCCGAAUCGGACCGGCUCUCUGCUGCCGAGGGGCGCGGGGACAUCUACGGCCAACGGUCCCGUAUGGACAUCCUGGGCUCUCCCUCCAGGCAGGUGUACUCGUCCCAGCCGGCGCAGAUGCUGUCGGUGGAGAUGGCGCAGGGGGACCGGCAGGCCAGCGGCCGGCAGGACGUGUCGGCGGCGGACCAGGAGGCCCACAGCAAUGCCUUCAUCAAGUCCGUCCCGCUGGCCGAGGAGGAGGACUUUGACAGCAAGGAGUGGGUCAUCAUUGACAAGGAGACCGAGCUGAAGGACUUCCACCCGGGGGCAGAGCCCACCACCUCAGGCACCACGGACGAGGAGCCGGAGGAGCUGCGGCCAAUCCAGGAGCAGGAGGAGCGGCGGAGGGGCGGGGCCGAGCCCGGAGCACGCCCCAAAAUGCAGGACGGGCGUGGCCGCGCCAUGCUGACUGUCACCGAGGAGGAAUCGUCCCGCAGGACUGGCCCCGCCCCCAGCCCCGCCCAGUCGCCCUGCCACUCGCUGCCUUCCACCCGCCCCAAGAGGAGGGAAUCUGAUCCCUACGGCCCACAGGGACAGUUGGAGGACAGGCAGGCCCCGCCUCACCCCCGGCCCAACCAGCUGAGGCGCCUGGCGUCCUACGUCUUCUCCUCGUCCACCCUGGAGACGGAGCAGUACCCCCACCCGGGGGGGUCGCUGAUCCAGCGCAGCCGCUCGGCGGAGAGCAGCCCCGCCCGCGGCCCCGCCCGCCGCCACCUGCCGCUGGCGCCCGGCAGCCCCCGGCCGCGGCACUCGGUGCUCGGCGUGUCGCGGCUGCAGAUCCAGCAGAUGCUGGCCAAGCUGAUGAACAAGACGCUGCAGGAACCAGGUGCCAAUCAGACAGUGGUGGGAGGAGCUAGCAAGGUGUAGGCCCAAUUGGGUGUCAGCAGGGCGGCAGAGGUUCACUCUGAAAGAGUGAAGAGUCCCAGCCAAUGGCAUGGCAGUGAGAGAAGUCCCAGCCAAUGGCAAGGCAGCGCUGAGAGACAUUCCUCCGCUCACGCUGUGUUAUUUCUGAAGGAGAAGCAAGCUGUACGGAGAGAGAUGGUUGUGUGUGCCCGGGACUGUUAGACCACAGGCAGAGAUGUACUGUCCCAGUAUGGGGAAGUAUACUCAUCCAAAAUAGGAGGAAACCCAUUUAAUUUCACAUAUCCUUCAAAAAUGUACUAAAUAUUGUCACUUUCAUUUAUGCACUUUAAUGCAUAUAUGCAAUUUAAUGCACAGACUGUAAGUAAAUUUAACAAUAUAUACUGUAUGCAUAUCACUGCAAACAUGAAAGUGUCAGUAAUUUUUUUAUAUAUGUAAGGAGCAUAUUUUUGAACACAGUUAAGUCAAGUUAAUUCUGUAUUCCUUACCAUUUGCGCUUUUUGUUGUUGCAAGGUGGAAACUGGCAGACAUGUUAUUCCUCACACUGAUCUAUACCCACACCAUGCUAUACCCACACUAAUCUUUACCCACACCAUUCUAUACCCACACUAGUCUUUACCCACUCCAUUCUAUACCCACACUGAUCUAUACCCACACUGAUCUAUACCCACACCAUGCUAUACCCACUCUGAUAUUUACCCUCACCAUGCUAUACCCACACUGAUCUAUACCCACACCAUGCUAUACCCACUCUGAUAUUUACCCUCACCAUGCUAUACCCACACUAGUCUUUACCCACACCAUUCUAUACCCACACUGAUCUAUGCCCACACCAUGCUAUACCCACACUGAUCUUUACCCUCACCAUGCUAUACCCACACUGAUCUAUACCCACACCAUGCUAUACCCACACUGAUCUUUACCCUCACCAUGCUAUACCCACACUGAUCUAUACCCACACCAUUCUAUACCCACACUGAUAUUUACCCUCACCAUGCUAUACCCACACUAGUCUUUACCCACACCAUUCUAUACCCACACUGAUCUAUGCCCACACCAUGCUAUACCCACACUGAUAUUUACCCACACCAUUUUAUGCCCACACUAGUCUUUACCCACUCCAUUCUAUACCCACACUGAUCUAUGCCCACACCAUGCUAUACCCACACUGAUCUUUACCCUCACCAUGCUAUACCCACACUGAUCUAUACCCACACCAUGCUAUACCCACACUGAUCUUUACCCUCACCAUGCUAUACCCACACUGAUCUAUACCCACACCAUGCUAUACCCACACUGAUCUUUAC